AUGGCCGAGACGAAGUCCGGGUCCUACAUCUACAAUGGGGAUCCCUCGACGUUCUACGACUGGAAGUUCAGGACGGAACUGCGCCUGAAACUCUACGAAGACGCUAUUCGGUCGAAAGCGUCCCAAGCCAGGAGUACCCGAGGAGACUCCGAAGCAGGUCUGGAGGGAGAAGUUGACCCAGACCACAACGUCCGAGAGCCAGAGGCCGCGGACACAGCCGAUGAGGAGCAUGAAGGCCCUCAAGAAGAAGGAGGUCUGCAUCCAGGCGGAGCAGACGAGUACUUCGACAAGCUUUCCCAGCUCAGCGCGGGAAGUCGGAGGUCGAAGAAGUCGGGCAAAUCCGCGAAGCCCAUUUCGUUCGAGUACCUUGAAGGACUCCCCUCGAGCACGAAGGCAAGAACAGAAAUGGUACACCGUGUUCUCGAAGGCCUCAGAGACGAAGCCUUCGAACUCGCGAGGGACAUCGGUGUAGAUGCCCUAACUGCUCCAGGGGGACUUCGAAGCUUCAUCGAACGAAUGCGGGAGGUAGUGUUCCCCCGCGCGGCAGAGGAAGCCCGAGAGUUGUUCCGGGCGGGACAGAGGCCAGGGACCCUGUCCAGGCAGGCAGGGGAAAGCAUGCUGAGUUACAUCUCCCGUAGACGGAGGUGGUGGAAUCUCCUGAAAACCCUGGAUGCCAGCAUCGAGCUCUCUGAGCCGAUGCGCGUAGAGCUACUAUUAGAGCUCUCUGGGCUAUCUAGACAAGAAGCCCUGGUCGUCAAGGCUUGCACAGCCGACCCGAAGAAGUUCGAGCAGAUAGCAAACACCUUGGUGCAGCACUACACAGGUGUUCAUCUGCGCGAAGGCCGCGCGCUGGGAGGCAGCAACCCCCAGCCUUACCGUAACACUGGCAAGGGUUAUGGUCCUAGAUCUUACGGAUCUAAUAGGUCUAAGGGUAAAGGUUUUACCCGCAAGGCCUUCCCUGCGAUCGACGAAGACGCAGGCGAGUUAGAGCAGGAAGAGGAGUACCCAGAAGAGGACUCUUACUUUGCCCAAGAAGCCUUUGUUGCUGAGGAGAGCUGGGAGGAAGAACCCCCUGCCGAGGAAGAAGAGUUCGAGGAAUAUGAGCUGGAUGAGGACGAGGCCAUCGCCCUCAACGCCAUGGAGCAGUUCCUCGAGGAUUCUCCCGAGGUAGGACACGCCAUCCAGUUGUCCUUGGCAGCCAACGCAGCCUUCGGCAAGGCCAAGGGCAAGGGCAAGAACAGAUCCAAGGGCAAAGGCAAGGGCAAGGGUAAGGUGGUCCGAAGUCACCUUACGUUGGAGCAAAGAAGGGACAAACUCAAAGCCCUUAAGGCAAAGUCGCGAUGCAUGAGAUGUGGUGGUAUCGGCCAUUGGGCUGGUGACCCUGAGUGCAAGUUCCCUGCAGGCAAGGCCGCAGGCAAGGCAGCACACGUCGCCGUAACGGUCCUAUCCAGCGAGGAAGGUCUGGUCAUUCCCUCGGAAGCGCCAGACAAGGACCACUCUGGCUUUGUCGUUCGCGCUGCCGCAAGCAAAAGCGCAGCUAGCCGAAGUGCAGCUGUAGCGUCAGCGGCGCCAAUGCCUAUUCCGAUGGAAAUGGAAGGCGGAGAUCGUAAGUUUUACCUUGGUCAGUACAAGGGGAAGACUUACAACGAGAUUGCCCGGCUUCCAGCUGUUGUUCAAUGGGCACAGGUUCAGGUGAACCCUAGUCGCCAACUCCAAGACUUUUUAGCCUGGUUCAAUCGCUACUAUGUGAUCGAGGGCGACGAGGUUGUCACCCGAGCCAGCAUAGGUAUCCCUGAAGGAACCUAUGUACCGCGUGUCAAGAACAAGGGCGGAAAGAAGGUACCGCCGAACCCACCAUUGGAGCCUUGCGUCCAAGGAUGCAAGGAUUUUACGCACGCAGGAUCUACCAUGAACUGGCUGCGCAGUACCUGUAGAGACUGCGGAAAGGUCACGCGAGAACCCAGAGAGGUCUCAUACACCAACGACCCAGAGACAUGCCCGCACGAGAUCAUUGAUCGACGUGGCUCGUCGCGAUCAGUGUCUCGCACGUUUUGCAAACAAUGCGGAACGUUUAUAGAUGAGGUUCCGGCUGACUUCCAGCGCCGACGUCGAGAUGCGGCAAAUCGUAUGCUCAAUGCCACUGUAGACUCUUUAUCUGUGAUGCAUAACACACAGAUUGCCGGUGAGUCAAGGGACCUUGAGCACGACGAUGUGGAACUCAUCAUGGGUGUCUUCAAUGACUCUGUGACCACCAUGAUAGAGAUGGGGAUGCGCGUCACCCCGUCUGUUUUACACAGUCGCCUUAGCGAGGCAAUCGUUGAUGCCUUAGAGCCCACUGGUGACAGUCCGGAUUCCUGGUCCCGCGUUGGCCAUGUUGGAAUCAUAGACCCAACGGACCUUACAAAGGAAGAAAGAGUUCUUUCUAGAUGGGAGAGACUGGUUAAAGGUGUUAAUUGGCAGGAUCAUUGUGUAGCCUGGGAGGAUGCUUUCCUUAUGGGUCAUGACCGAUUAGGUAUAGCCAUUCUUGAAGCACAAUGGGCUGACCCAGCACCUGCACCGUCCACAGGCAUCAACCUGAGCCUGACGUUGGACGACCUUGAGCAGGCUCGUCCUGAGUCACCGCAAGUUCCGGAUCCUGUAGGGCCGGAGCAAGGUUGGACCCGUUUAGGCCAAUUGCCCGAGAUAGACCCCGACGAGGCUAUCGAUGAUUCCCUAGCAUUUCCUGAUUACGACCCCUACGAUCCUUAUCUCGAGUGCACCCCGAACAGCAACCACGAGCUCGAGGUGGAUACCCGAGCGCAUGCCCACGCAGCCUCCACUGACAUCGUUCAUCUAGACAAUUUACCCAUGGUUGACCUCUGGAGUAGGACCCUGGCGGGCGUGCUGGACUCCCAUGAGGUAGACACCGAUGCCCACAAUCCUCUUUUGAUAAGCCUGUUUGCUCAGAGCACUUUAGGCCUGGUUAAGGUCGACUACCACGAGUACUUGGAAAGUGGAAUGCUCUGGGACCAAGUUCGGCCCAAAACGUUCACAACUCCACCGCCGAUAGUCAUCUUGUCCUGCGGGAUCAAGUACUACAUGAACAAGGAAGACGGCUGGUGGGGGAAAAAGGCGAGGGAUCCGAUCCAUUGGGCGGAUCGAGUACCUCAGGUGUUCCGGGAUGGUUACACGCUGAUCGUCCAGGACCUCAGGGAUCUAAGCGACCCUGCAAAUGGUGCUUGGAAUGACCACAUCGGUAGGCACCCAGAAAUCAUCAAGGGCCUGGUCAACGCCGAGGCAGGACAACGCUUGCUGCGAAAAAACCUGGUGGAUCUGUUAGACCACUACAAACGCGGCGAAAAAGUUGCGUUGGUAGCAUUUUGCACCAGCAAUCGGCACAGGUCAGUUGCCUUUGGCACGACCCUAGCGGCGUGUCUUUUGGCAAAAGGGAUCGAGGACCAUCUUCUCGUUCACCUGAACGCCAUCACUAGUUGGAAAGGCAUGGUGUGUGGAGGUGGAUGCAGCGACUGCGGUGAGUUCUCCAAGCCUGGUCUGGUGAACCUCGGAAAGCAUGCCAACUCCCUCUUGGAUGCGCUCGAGGGCUUCGACGAGGCGAAUCGUCACCAGAACCGUGGGCGCAGUGCGCCACCAGCAGGCCGAGCAGAUGCCGGCCAACGUGGAGGGGCAACCGGUUCGUGGGUCUUUGCCGGUGCCAAUGCAAGGUGGACCUAUUUGGCCACCGAGCAACAAGCCAGCACCACCGCCGCCGCCGGCGGCACCAAGGCAACCGCCGUUGCCGCCGCCGUCGAAAUCUCCGACAGUUCCAUCGCCACCAUCACCGCCGGCGAUGGCUCUCACGCCAGAGGUUCGGAAGAGAGCUCAAGGGUGUCGGCAAGGUUGGACUACGCGCCAGUGGUUGGUACAGCGACGACGGAGACGACCGCUACGGCGUCUUCCAGCAAGGCAUCCACUACCAGCAAGGCUCCCGCAGUAUCUGCCACGUCUAUCGUUCCGAAGGCACCGCCUGCAGAGAUGGAGAAUGACGUGGGGUACUGGAGAGAGCGCUGCAUCCGGCAGGAAGCAGCAAAUGAACACCUCCAAGUCAGACUGGUUGCUCUUGAAACUGAGCUUCGAGAGGCAAAGAGUUCUGGCGAAAGUUGGCUUUCUCGAGCCAUCGCUGCCGAGAAGGAGUUGGAGGUGGUCAAGCGAUACGAACGGAGACCUAGAUCCCGUUCUGAGUCGUAUGACUCCAAGGACGAGUCUAGGAGCCGAUCCAGAGACGAUCGAUCAAAAGACGAUCGCAGAGGCCGAGAGAGAUCGGGAUCCAUGAGACCUGGUCGAAGUGGCCCCCGCUCUACGUCAGCAGGACCGAGCAUCAAGGAGGAGCCCGACGAGGAGGAGCGUGAGGCCAGAGAGUUGGAGACACCUGCGUCAACGCCAGGUCAUACCCCUAGGGAUGGCGAGGCGUCCGUCGAGCCUGGCGCCGGCGGAGGGUCUACGCAGACGCCGGUGGAGCCACUCCCCGUGGUAGAUGGUAUGGAAGGACCCUUGGACCACAAUAGGCCAUGGGCAGCCAACCUUAGCUUCCCCGAUCUUACAAAGGUCGCGUCCAUCCUUAGGAGGACGAAACCGGCGAGGUACAACAGUAACGGGUGGAUCGGUCCGGCCACCAAAGAGCAAGGGAUGCAAUGCACCCUGAAGCACAACAUCCGUUUCUGGGUGGCUCACAAAGACCACUCGUUUGUGCACCGGUGGGACAACGCCUUAGACGACUUCACCAAAAGCGUCUUCCUGUUCCGCGGUGCGGAGCGCACGUUUUCCAUAAUCCAGAGGGAUGUGGACAUGCGCGCGGCGCUCACCAUCGAUGCCGCAGAACUGGGGGACGGCGACAGCUUCAUCAUUUUGGCCCGAAGUCAGAAGCAGAGGGCGGCCGACCACACCGGCGGCUUACCUCGGGUCUCGACCUAUAGAGGCGAGGCCAGGCCAUAUGGGCAAAGUUUGCGUCGUCCCAGCGCCAGUGCCGAAGGCAGGUCGGUUUCCUCGGACUCCUCUGCCUCUUCAGGGAGUUCGGGGUCGGGUGUCAGUAUUCCCACUGGAGCCAAGUACUUCACCCCAGCAUGCAACCUUGCAGUCCUGUCCAAGGAGUCCGGCAUCCGUGUCAUCGACGUCGGAUUGGACGCGAUGAAGCCGUGGGAGGCCGAAAGGAUUCGUAGGACCCUUCAAGAGGUUAGCCCCAGUUUAGUGGUUGUAGCUAUUGAGUACCAGGAACCGGGACUCAAUCAUAGUGAAGUUGUGGACGAGGGAUGGACCGGUGAAGGCUAUCCAACCAUGGGACCCAGGAGUUUUUGGGAUUUGUUUUCUAGUGACUUUUUGGGUUGGUUGAUCAAUUAUGCCAAUGACCAUGCUGCAAUUUCACUUGUGGCAACAUCGUACCCAGUAUGGGACGAUGGCGAGAUUGAUGAUAGCGAGUUUCCAACCUUCGAUUCCGUUGAAAACGAAGAUGAUGUAGCAAGAAUGGACCCAGGAGAAGAGGCCAUUCAAGAGGACCUUGAACUAGACGAAGUUCAGGUGCCAGGUUUGCCUAAAGGCGAGGCCGAACGCCGAGCCGGCUGGAGGAAGUUACCCCAGCGCGUGAGAGUUGCCAUCAGGCGUUUGCAUCGACAAUUCGGGCAUGCGCCGAGAAAGGUACUCUUAAACCUUCUCAGAGCAGCGAAGGUCGACCCGCAGUAUCUAGAUGGACUGCGUUUGUUGCGCUGCAAUGAGUGCGAGGAGAACGCGCCAAGACGUAGCGCGCACAGCACGUCGUUGCCCGAAAAGUACGUUUUCAAUCACACUCUCGGUAUUGACCUUCUAGAAGUCACAGACGCUACAGGAACCAAGUUUCAGGUCCUAAACAUGAUCUGUUUAGGGACAUGUUUCCAAUUAGCCGAAAUUGUUCGACAAGGUCCCGGUCAAGCGUCAAGCGCAAAGUGCCUCGAGGCCAUACAGAGGAGGUGGAUCACUUGGGCUGGUCACCCCAAAGCACUAAAAUGUGAUCGCGGAUUGCACAACCGCGGCGUCCUAGCAAGGUACAUGGCCGCGCACGGAGUGGAUGUUACACACGCGCCGCUCGAAACACCCGAAGCCAUAGGCCGAGUGGAGAGACACGGCGGGAUCAUCAAAGGAAUGGCCCGCAAGGUCAUCAGCCAAACUCAACCGCGGGGUUGGUUGGAAAUGCAGCAAGUACUUGAUGAGACUUGCCUGACAAAGAACAGCCUACUCAGACAGGGAGGCUACUCGCCAGCUCAAUGGGUGCUGGGUCGAGCGCCGCGUGAACUACCAUCUAUCCUUAGUGAGGAUGGGCACGCAGAUCUAGGAGCCAUUCAGGACUCUCUCGAUCCCGAGUCCGUUUUCGCGCUCCAACACAUGGUUCGUGCUGAGGCGAAGAAAGCAUUCGUCCAGCUGGACACCUCUAAACGAGUUCAGCGCGCUCUUUUGCGCAACGCGAGAGCGAUUCCUGGAGAUUACCAGGUGGGCGACGUAGUAACCUUUAGGCGCACCAAGGCUGGGAAGACAUCGUGGUCUCCUGCGUCUAGGGUUAUUGGUUUUGAAGGGCGUAGCAAGGAAUCGGUUUGGUUGCUUUGCGAAAACAUUCCAGUUUUGGCGUCUGCGCAAAACCUGCGACCAGCAACGGACGCAGAGGCUUUGGCCUUUGAUAUCCUUCAUGGGAAUGCAAUUAUCCCUGAGGAAAUUGUUAAGGAUCAACAAGGGUUCGACGACUAUCGUGAACCAGCACCAACCGGGGAUCACGAUCCAGCGCCAGAUGUGACACUUGAAGAGGGCCCCAGUGAUGGACCCAUGCCAUCUAUCCUAGAGGAAGACGAGGAGCACCCGCGCUCUAGAUCACCACCUGGGGUUAGGAACCGAGGUCCCAAUAGUUCGAAUGGACCAAGGAUCAGAGGAUCUAGUGGUUUAGGAACCUCUCAGAGUUCUAGGUCUCGUCGGCUUAGCAUCGCCGAGCCUGAGCAAGAGAGGACUCCAGGUGGAAGUCGGAGGCCGUCGUAUGAUGUACAGGACGAUUUGCCUGAGCAGCUGCGGCAGCACUUCCAGCGCGUAAGGGAUGCGGAAGCGACGCCACCUAGAAUUGUCAGCGACCAAAACACGGCGCUGAGUGCGACUCAAGCCCGACCGCGGGCUAAGUUCAUAGCCUUUAUGGCGAAUCGCGCGGCAAACAUUUCAAAGGAAGAAGCCAAGUCCCUUCCAGGCAGCCUCAACUACUAUGACUGUUCACCCGCUGUCCAGCGCAAGAUCGAUGAAUCUAGAAAGAAGGAAUGGAUGAAGUAUGAAUCAUUCCAAGCGGCGAUUCCAGUAACCGGUAAGAUCCUAAAGGACUUAUUGGAUGAGGGACAUGUUCCAUUGCCCUCUAAGUGGGUUGACACUGUCAAAAACAUCCACGAACAGCACCUGGAAUCAUUCGAUCCAGAAUUCAAGUCCCGCAUGGUUGCUUGUGGCAACUUUGAAGGCGAGUGUGGAGUGAGGACCGAUUCGCCCACAUCGGAUAUUGAAACCCACGCCAUGGUGUGCGCAUUCGCAGCGUCAGAAGGAGUACCUGUGCAGGGCUCCGAUAUCAAAAAUGCCUACUUCCAGGCUCUCCCAAUAGAUCGCAUAGUGCUGAUGCGACAACCCCGAGGGGGACUCCCGGGCGUAGACCCGGAAGCGAUGUUGUUAGUUCGCGUUCCUGUCUAUGGACUCCAAGACAGUGGGAGAGGGUUUUGGAAGCGCGUAGACAAAGACGCAAAAGACGUAGGUCUUAAUGCGUCGCGCAUUUUUCCCGCGUUUUACUACCACACCACGGGUAGUAAAGUAGAUCUCUUACUUACCACUCAUGUCGACGAUUUUCUUUGGGCAUCAACCCCCACUGGUGAUGAAAUCAUGAAUCGACUCUUAGAAAGGUUCGAAAUCGGCAGAAAGGAGAUCAAGAGACUCCGAUUUUGCGGGAAGCAAUUUGACCAAUCCGGCAAGGACAUAGUUAUCGACGUUAGCGAUAACACACGCCGUACUACGUAUAUCGACAUAGCGAAGGGCCGACAAUCUUCGGACCCGAUCACGCAAGGUGAAGAACGUCAACUGCGUAGCGUAGUGGGUAGUCUGAGCUGGAUAGCCAGACAAGGCAGGCCGGAUAUCCUGUACAAAGUUUCGUAUUUGCAGUCCAAGGUUAAGGGAGCCACCGUAGCUAUCCUUAAGGAGGCUAACAAAUGUCUUGAAAUUGCUCUUGCAGGAAAAGAUUUCUGCAUCCGGUACAAAAAUGGUCCUUUCGACUUUAUGGAUCUGGGAGUUUUAACCGCCUCAGAUGCCAGUUUUGCCGGGGAGCCAGGUUUACGAUCCCAGCAGGGACGUAUUCACUUCCUAGUUCCAAGGAAGCAAUUGACCACGCCAGGCAAUUGCGUAUUCGAUGUUGCCUUGAUCAGCUUUGGAUCAACGACAAUCAAGAGAGUAUGCAGAGCAACUCUCCAAGCCGAGACGUACGCGCUACAGAGUGCGCAAGAGUCAGGUGACCGAAUUCGAGCUCUGUUGGCCGAAUUGUAUGGACAAGGCAGUCCAGGAGCUGAUUGGUACGACCGAUCCAGAAGGACGGUUCCGCACAUGAUGCUCACAGACUGUCGUAGUCUGUCUGAGCACCUCAACGUGGAGGUCCCUUCACGUGUCCAAGACAAACGUCUCCAAAUAGAACUGAACGCGUUGCGUCAGGCGUUGUUCGAAGACGAUGGCACCCGCAGUACCGAGGUCUUUCCCGGUGCAGGUGACCAAGUUGUGUGGACCUCUACGGCCACCAUGAUCGCUGAUUGCUUGACGAAGAGUAUGCGCCCCGACUUCCUCAUCAAGGUAUUGACAGCCUGUCAGUAUCAAAUCGAGAGGCAGUCGGAGAAGCAACUAGGAUGA